GAGUGCUUCCUCUUUUGGGGCCAAGUUUUCACUGCUUUUUGGCCCAUCCUCCCAGCCCCGGAUUGGCCGCCUCCAGCAGGCCAGAGCAGAUGGGAAAUUCUCUCGUCGCCGGUCAUGGAAUGCGCCUCUGACGCUGCCCUGGACCCCGAGGCCCCGUGGCCUCCCGCGCCCCGCGCCCGCGCCUGCCGCCUGCUGCCUUGGGCUCUGGUGGCCGUGCUGCUGCUGCUCGUUGCCGCCUGCGCCGUCUUCCUCGCCCGCCCCUGGGCCGUGUCCGGGGCUCACGCCUCGCCUGGCUCCGCGGCUAGCCCGAGACUCCGCGAGGGUCCCGAGCUUUCGCCCGACAAUCCCGCCGGCCUCUUGGACCUGCGGCAGGGCAUGUUUGCGCAGCUGGUGGCCCAAAAUGUUCUGCUGACCGAUGGGCCCCUGAGCUGGUACAGCGACCCAGGCCUGGCAGGCGUGUCUCUGGCGGAGGGCCUGAGAUACAAGGAGGACACGAAGGAGCUGGUGGUGGCCAAGGCUGGCGUCUACUACGUCUUCCUGCAACUAGAGCUGCAGCGCGUGGUGGCCGGCGAGGGCUCAGGCUCCGUUUCGCUUGCGCUGCACCUGCAGCCACUGCGCUCUGCCGCCCUGGCUUUGACCGUGGACCUGCCAUCCGCCUCCUCCGAGGCUCGGAACUCGGCCUUCGGUUUCCAGGGCCGCCUGCUGCACCUGGGUGCCGGCCAGCGCCUGGGUGUCCAUCUGCACACUGAGGCCAGGGCAUGCCAUGCCUGGCAGCUUACCCAGGGCGCCACAGUCUUGGGGCUCUUCCGGGUGACCCCCGAAGUCCCAGCCAGACUCCCCUCACCGAGGUCUGAAUAACGCCCAGCCUGGGUGCAGCCCACCUGGACAGAGACUGAACCCUACUCCAUCCUUCAUGGAGACCCCUGGUGCUGGGUCCCUGGUAAUUUCUCUACCUCAAGGGGCUUGGCAGGGGUCCCUGCUGCUGACCUCCCCUUGAGAACCCUCCUCACCCACUCCUUCCUCAAGUUGGACCUUGAUAUUUAUUCUGAGCCUGAGCUCAGAUAAUGUAUUAUAUAUAUUAUCUAUAUAUCUAUAUAUCUAUAUAUCUAUUUAAAGAGGUUCCUGAGUUUGUGGAAUGGGCUUUUUUAGGGGAGUUGUUUGGGGGGCGGGGGUGGGUCUUCGACACUGCUGAGGCUGGUCUUGAACUCCUGGACUUAGACGAUCCUCUCGCCUCAGCCUCCCAAGCAACUGGGAUUCAUCCUUUCUGUUAAUUCAUUGUACUUAUUUGCUUAUUUGUGUGUAUUGAGCAUCUGUAAUGUGCCAGCAUUGUGCCAGGGCUAGCGAGCUAGAGAAAUAUCCAGAAACAGACUGAAAGAAAAUCUGAGUUAUGGUAAUAUGUGAACAAUUUAAAGACUCAUCUCCAGCCUCCACCUCCUGUGUGAUACUUGGGGACUAGCUUUUUUCUUUCUUUCUUUCUUUCUUUUUUUUUGAGAUGGUCUUGUUCUGUUGACCAGGCUGGAAUGCGGUGGUGCAAUCAUGAGUCAAUGCAGCCUCCAGCCUCGACCUCCCCAGGCUCAGGUGAUCCUCCCAUCUCAGCCUCUCCAGUAGCUGGGAUCACAGGUGUGCGCCACCGCACUUGGAUAACUUUUUAAUUUUUUUGCGGAGAUAGGGAGGGUAUCGCUAUGUCUCCAAGGUUGUUUACAUGCCAAUACAAUUUAUAAUAAACACUCAUUUUUCCUCCCUCUG